AUAUAAACGAAGUCGUCAUCUCUCCCUCCCUCACUGCUCCUUCAGAAACUCCAAAGUAUCCCAGAUUCCUCACAUUUCCCACCAUCUCUCCCUUCCCCUGAUAAAUUUCUCAUAUGGGAAUCCAUAAACUCCCUUCAAUUCAAAUGGGCUUGUUUUGAAAUAGUCAACACUGUAAUAGACUGCGCUGGUUUUUGCCUCGGCAUAUGUACCAGAUAGAUUUAUAUGGCUGCUAAAGUCGGUUCUUCUUCAUUUUCCUGCGUCGCCACUUCACUUUCUUCUCCUUUUAACCCAAAGCGAAGCUCCCAGCUCAGCUUGGUGAGAAGUCCAAAAGUUGAACUGCAUCAUAAUGUUCAGAAGCUGAGAAACACUAAAGUAAACUCGUGCCAAUUCAUAGGCGGGCUGCUAAAAUUAAGCGGAAAUCCCACAAGACAAAAUGUGCUUUGUGCAACUUCUCAAGGUCAGGCACAACACAGUGAGGUCCAAUCAGAUGAAUUGGAGCCAGAAGAUGAAGAUGAUAAUUCUACUGCUGAAACUCUCUCUUCUAUAAGCAUGUCAUUUAAUCACUCUCAGAGAACUGAUGGAAAACCAGGUUUAGUUUCAUUUUAUAAUACCCCUUAUAAGAAAGAAGAUGUAGUCAUUAAAUCUAAUGUGCAAAAGGACAAGAGCAACCUAUUAUGGUUUGUGGGUCCCGCUGUCCUUGUGGCCUCUUUUAUUUUCCCCUCACUUUUUUUGCGGAGAGUACUUUCCACAGUAUUUGAGGACUCUUUGCUUACAGAUUUCCUAAUAUUGUUCUUCACAGAAGCUCUUUUCUACUGUGGUGUUGUGGUUUUUCUUUUGCUCAUAGACCAUUUAAGGAGGCCCAUGGAACUGGAAUGUGCUGAAAAUGGUGGCACAACCCUGGUCCCCCAUUUGGGACAGCGAAUUUCUUCUGUUGCUACCUUGGUACUCAGUCUUAUAAUUCCUAUGGUGACUAUGGGCUUGGUAUGGCCAUGGACCGGCCCUGCAGCUUCUGCAACCCUUGCUCCAUACCUUGUUGGUAUUAUUGUUCAGUUUGCAUUUGAGCAAUAUGCCAAAUAUCGGAAUUCACCUUCAAGGCCUGUCAUCCCAAUAAUCUUUCAAGUCUAUAGAUUGCACCAACUGAAUAGAGCAGCACAACUGGUGACAGCCCUAUCAUUCACAGUGAAAGGAGCUGAAAUGACCUCACACAAUUUGGAGAUAAGCAGUUCAUUGGGUACACUUUUGAAUGUCCUUCAAUUCCUUGGUGUUAUCUGCAUUUGGUCACUCUCAAGCUUCCUCAUGAAGUUUUACCCAUUCGCUGGCAGGACUGCAGAGUGAUAUUCAAUCAAUAUUAGUUUAAGAAAUGGUAAACUUGACACCAUCAUUGUAGAGAAGACUCUAGUUGCUAUUGAUUCAGCUAAUCUUUACAUGUAGGGGUUAUAACUCGUUUUCAGUAUGGUUUUGCUUUGUGAGAAUUUGAAACUAAAGCGUCCACCUUAUCCAACACAUAGUAAAAGGUUGUGGCAGGAUUACUUGAAUGAAGAUACUAAAUUCUUUUCUGCUUUUCA